AUGGCGUUUCGGAUCUUAGAAAACGUUGAAAUAUGCAAGAAACAAGAGGGUUUCUUGGGGUCUUAUUACAGCGGGAAGGUUUUGGCUGUUGUUGGAAUAAAUCGGUACAUAGUGCGAUACGAAACCCGGUGGGCUGAAUGUAAGACAAGGCAGUUGAGUGAAGUGGUUGAUGCCGAUGAAGUUAGGCCUUUGCCACCGACUAUUUCAUGCACCAACUUCUCCAUGUCCGACAAGAUUGAUGCGUAUGUGAAUAAUGCUUGGUGGGUCGCAAAGGUUGUGCAGAGACUUGAUGAUGUUCGUUACUUUGUGCGCUUGGACGCUAAUGGAACUGAGUUUCAACUCCCUUCACAUAAACUUAGGAUUCAUCUUGAUUGGCAAGAUGGGAGAUGGGUUUUGCCCCCCAAUGCCAAUACCAAUACCAAUACCAUUGCCAAUAGGUAUGUGGGUUAA